CUUGCGCGGCGGGGGCAAGAUGGCGGCGGCGCUGCGGCUGUGGCGGGCCGGGCUGGGCGGCCGUCCGGCGUCCGUUGUCUUGCACAAGUAUCUCUUGGCUAGACCAGUGGCUGCCUUGUUUAGACCAAUUGAGGACUUUCAUCAUCGUCGUCAUCAUCAUCAGAUGCGCAAAUUUCACACAUCUCCCAGGAGUUUGGCUGGUUCAAAGGCCGCCUCUCUCCAUUGGACCAGUGAGCGAGCAGUCAGCAUCCUCCUGCUUGGACUCCUGCCAGCAGCCUAUCUGUAUCCUGGAGCAGCUGUGGAUUACUCCCUGGCAGCAACCCUCACACUCCAUGGGCACUGGGGCCUGGGGCAACUUAUAACUGACUAUGUCCACGGAAAGACCUCCAUUAAACUGGCCAACGCUGGCCACUUCCUGCUUUCGGCGGUCACCUUUGCCGGCCUCUGCUACUUCAACUACCACGACGUGGGCAUCUGCAGGGCGGUGGCGAUGCUGUGGAGCCUCUGAUGCCCGCCCACAAGAGUCCAGCAGCCGUUCACCGCUGCCUCUGCUGCUUUACGUUAUUAACUGAGUCUUUGGGGGGGGGUGAGAACAACCGAGUGCGUGCCCUGCAUGCAGCAGGACGGCUGGUGGGAAGCGCCCGUGGCCAUGUCCACGGCUGUUGCCAUUCAGAAGAUCUCUCGCAAAGGCGAGAAGGAGACCCGAACCAAGCGAGAAUCAGGGGAAAGCAUCCGGGCAAAAGCUUUGUUAUUAGGUUGGGAGCUUCUGCAGAUGGGACACCCCCACCCCACCCCCCCAAGACCGCAGGCUGAGCUCAGCAUCAUUUCACGUUGAUAUCCCGUCUCGAGUUUCUGGCUGUCUUGUUGCAAUGAAUGACAGUGUGUACAUGGCAUCUUGCACAAUGCAAAAGGGGAAUCUAAACUCUGUACAAUAAAGGAUUUUUGGAACCCACA